CCCAGGGGGAGCACCAUGAACGGCUCAGGGUUCCCACUGGCCACCCCGGAGUCCUGUCAGCAGCUGGCGGCCAGUGGACACAGCCUGCUCAUCAUCCUCCACUAUAACCACAGUGGCCGUCUGGUGGGCCGUGGGAACCCAGAGGAUGGUGGCGUCGGACUGGGGACCUUGCGAGGCCUGUCGGUGGCGGCCAGCUGCCUGGUGGCCUUGGAGAACAUUCUGGUCCUGGCUGCCAUCGUGACCCACAUGCGAUCGCGGCGCUGGGUGUAUUACUGCCUGGUGAACAUCACUCUGAGUGACCUGCUCACCGGCCUGGCUUACCUGGCCAACGUCCUGCUGUCUGGGCCUCGCACCUUCCGACUGUCCCCCGCACACUGGUUCCUGCGGGAGGGCCUGCUCUUUGCGGCGCUAGCCGCGUCCACCUUCAGCCAGCUCUUCACGGCCGGCGAACGCUUCGUCACCAUGGUGCGGGUUGCCGAGCGCGGGGCCACCAAGACCAGCCGCGUCCACGGCUUCAUCGGGCUGUGCUGGCUGCUAGCCGCCACCCUGGGGCUGCUCCCGCUGCUGGGCUGGAACUGCGUGUGCGUGUUCCCGCAGUGCUCCAGCCUGCUGCCCCUCUACUCCAAAGGCUACGUCCUCUUCUGCGUGGUGGUCUUCGCCCUCAUCCUGGUGGCCAUCCUGGGCCUCUACGGAGCCAUCUUCCGAGUGGUCAGGGCCAACGGGCAGAAGUCACCAAGGCCACCAGCCCGACGCAAGGCCCGCAGACUCCUCAACACAGUGCUCAUGAUCCUUGUGGCCUUUGUGGUGUGCUGGGGACCCCUGUUUGGCCUCCUGCUGGCCGAUGUCUUCGGUUCAAAUGUCUGGGCCCAGGAAUACCUUCGAGGGAUGGACUGGAUCCUGGCCCUGGCUGUACUCAACUCGGCCAUCAAUCCCCUCAUUUAUUCUUUCCGAAGCCGGGAGGUGCGGCAUGCCGUGCUGGCUUUCCUGUGUUCUGUCUGCCUCAGGUUAGGCCUUCGAGGUCCCGGGGACUGCCUAACCCACAUCACUGAGGUCGGCUCCACUGCGUCCACCGACAGCUCACUCAGGCCUAGAGACAGUUUUCGGGUAUCCCGGUCUCUCAGCUUCAAGAUGCGAGAACCGUUGUCCAGUAUCUCCAGCGUCCGGAGUGUCUAGCGGUUGCUAUGGGGAUGGACCAUCUGACUGCCCAGUGUGUGCACUGAGCAAAUCCUCCUGAGAGAGGGAGAUAGCGAUGUGGAUGCAAACUCCUUGCCUGGUGGUGGUGGUGGCGAAUAUCCCAGUUGGCUCUGGGGUCCUCUGGUGGAGCCUCCCCCACACUGAGCACCUCAAAUUUGGUCUGGUGGGUCUGUGAGGCCCUAGCCCCUCUCUGGUAAACAGGCUGGCUGUGGGGGUCAAGGCCCUGGCCACGUUGCAGUUCAGGGACAGGACAGGAUAUUGUGGCUUUGCUCUUGUUCUCAUGCCUGUGUGGUGCUGGGCUGGGAGCUGCCUGAAGCGCGGGAAGACACCCUACUCCUUGCUUGGCCCAACUGGGUACACUGCCUUGGAGAUGUACUGGGUGUCGGAGGGGUGUCUGCCUCAUUUCUCUGCGGGCAGAGAUCUCAGUGUGUUGUAAGAGUGACAGGCAGGGUGGGGGAGGAGCAGAUGUCACCUGUCACCUCUCCUUUACUGAUUCCCUAUCCACACAGGCCCCCCUCUCCCCCACACCCCGGACCCACGGCCAGUUCAAGCUCUGUGUCUUUUUGGGUCUGGAUCUUGGGGCCUGUAAGGAGGAAGUGGUCCGACCCACCCAUCCUGGGUCUGGUGCGACCGUCACUGGUCCCCGUGGCCUCCGCUGCCUUGUCCUUCCAAUUUUGAACCCUGACAACAU